AUACCGAAAAUGUACUAAUUUUUUAAGUACAAAAAUCAAACCAGAUCGGAUAUUUUUACUGGAUGGGCAACCCUCGAUACACUCUAAUAUAAAAACAACAAAGCGAAAUUGCAUUUGACAUUGAAAAAGGCGGAAAUUGGAGCAGAAUUUGAUUUGCAUUGAGGUUGGGAAAAAUUAAUUGUGCAAUGGAGCAGCGUGCUAAUUUCUUGGCUUUAACGCUCUUGGAUGCGCUGGAAGAUGAGAACGAGUCCGAUAUAUUCUCAAUGCUGGAUAGGAACACUAUCAACUCCAGCGUCGUGCCCUGUGAGCGCGGCUUGGCUCCGUUGCACUAUGUGUGCGGGAUGCAGAACGAGGAGUUGGCCCUGAAAAUCCUGCAACGCUUUCUAGAGAGCGAUCAGGUGGAUGCGAAUGUGUGCUGCGAUGGAAACAUGACGGCACUUCAUAUAGCUGCAAUUUAUGGUCGAGUGGAGCUGGUGCGCCUGCUAUUGGAGCAUGGUGCUCGACCGGAUCUCAUUGAUGACGAGCACAAGAUGCCCAUGCACUAUGCCAUUGAGGAGUGCCACUUCGAGGUGCUGCAGCUGCUCAGCGAUCACAUAUUAAAGGAGAAGCAGGCGAAGCAGGAGAAGCAACUGAAGCAGUCACUGAAAACGCCCAAGUCUAUGAUUAAGUAUAACCACGAUGUGACCUCGCCCUAUUAUAUCAACAUUACACACAGACGAAACAAGCCGCAGCCCAGUUUUCCCGAUGAAAUGGAGUUGGAGCAUUCGGUGAAUCUCUUUGCGCUCACCAGGGAUCAUCUGGAGGAGCUGUCAAACCGUGAGAAACCGUCGAGUGGUCGUCGCACAUUAAUUGAGAGCUGGCGGGAUAAAGUGGAGCGUUCGCGUGUCCGCAAAUCUAUGUUGCAGGAGGAGCACGUUGAGGCCCUUGUGGAUCAGGCCAUGACCCAGGAUGACUUUGACUAUGAGCAGCAUGUGCAGCAGACACUUAGGGAAUCCGAUCAGGAGCGAGAACGGGACCAGGAUCAGGCAGCAUCACAGCAACAAACCGCAUCCGAAGCAGGUAGAGCCGCCUUUGGCCAACUGGUGGAGCAAGUGGCUCAAGCGUGUGUGCUGGAGCAGAGCUAUCACACUGCACAGGAUGAGAUACAGACGCCCAAAAAGGAGGACUACUAUCUGCAGAUGACUGAAGCAUAUGUCCACACGGAUGAUGAGAAUGGACUCGUCUUCUACGAGACCAAAUUACUGCAGAAUGCCGUCAAGAGUGUGCCAAGCAAGAGAAGGGAGAAGCAGGAGCAUCUGAAAGUUCCGUCUCCUCCACAGCUGGACAGCAGUGUGAGCACAAAUCUGACCCUGCCCCUGGACUACGAGACGGAUGCACUGCGUGCGGAACUGACACAGUUGGGAGCACCAGUUGGACCCAUCACUCGAACAACCAAACGACUGUAUAUCAAGCAGCUCAUCAAGUACAAACGGAACACGGAGGCGUUGCUGGCGGCACAGAAGCAUGCAAAGGCGGCACAAAUCAAAUACUCCGUGGAACUACAUCACACGCUCCGUUCCCAGCCCGACUUCGAUCACAUCGCCAACGAGUACAUGAAAUAUGAAAUUCAGUCAGCUGCUCACUUUGCCACGGCUUCGACCACGACAAAUGGACGACAGAUGCGCGAGGGUCACCUGAAGCAGAGUUUCAUCUACAUGUUGAUUGAUCCACGGAUCUCGCGCAAUUUGCCGGGAGAGCGCAACUUCCUGGAUCCCUUGUGCAUUUGGUCACGCUUUCUGGAUGCCAUUUUCUACGUGGGCAAGGGCAAAAGCUCACGACCCUAUGCCCAUCUCUAUGAUGCAAUGCGUCAGCAUACGCGUGCCCAUCAACAGCAGCAUAAUCCUGCAGAGAAACGAGGAAAGGCUAAACGCUGCCUGCUGAUGCCAGAGCUGUUCAAGUCGCCGCCGCCAGCGGGAAGUGGCCCAGCUGGCAGCAGGAAACUCCAACGCAUCCUGGACAUUUGGCAGCAUGGAAGCGGCGUCGUUUGCUUACAUGUAUUCCACAACAUUCUGCCAACGGAUGCAUAUACAAGAGAGGCGUCCAUCAUUGAUGCACUCGGUCUCACACACUUGACCAACUUGAAGCGGGGGGAUUACUAUGGCCCGGCACAGAUCUGGACAAUGAAGCACAAGAAACAAUUAGGAAUCGCGCUGCUCCACAAGGCGAUGCACAUUUAUUUGGCCGAAGGGGAAUCCCAAUUGUCGCCCAGUGACUUGAUUUAGUAGCAAUUGCAGUUCGUCCUUUUUUGCAAUAAGUACCAAGUACAAAGUGUAGCAAGCCAAAAUAUUUUAUAGCUGGAUCUCAAUUGUAGAAUAAAUUAAUAUGAAAACAAAUACAAAACAUAUGUCAUAAGUCAAAACAAACUAAUUUUGCCCUUGUUGGUAUUUAUAAAUACGCCACCUGUAGUUUUGUCUUACAACUGACGACACGCCAUCUUUUGUCUGUUUAUGAAAGCUUCAUCAAAAUACAUAGGCAUACAACAACAAUUGCAGCCCAAAAGUAUGCAGCACAUUUCGUAACAACAAAACGUUUGUCUGCUUCCAAUUUUAGCGUGAACGCUGCUUGGAAUUCUCAACUGGUUCUAGUUACUCAACAAUGUAGUAGUCGUUGAAUUGCAAAGGAAAGUUAUCUUUGCGCAGAGGCGAUAUCGUAACCAAUGAAGUUCUACUGAGGUGCGAUUAUUGCUAGUUGAAAACUUUAACCAAUACCCCGCCAUGGGGACGUGAAAUACCGUCCACUACGGCAAUUUUUGGAAGCCCGAGAGGGCUAAA